AUGGAGGCCCUCAUACCUGUCAUAAACAAACUGCAAGAUGUUUUUAACACGGUGGGCGCCGACAUCAUUCAGCUCCCGCAAAUAGUUGUUGUGGGCACGCAGAGCAGCGGCAAGAGUUCUGUUUUAGAGAGCCUUGUCGGCAGGGAUGUACUACCACGUGGCACAGGCAUCGUAACACGGCGGCCCCUCAUUUUCCAGCUUGUCCAUGUCGACCCUGAAGACCGUCGGAAGACCAACGAGGAGAAUGAAUUCAAGAAAAAUGGCCGCUUUUACAGAGGCAUCGAUGGUGAGGAAUGGGGGAAAUUUUUGCACACCAAAAAUAAGAUCUACACAAAUUUUGAGGAGAUCCGUCAAGAAAUUGAAGCAGAAACGGAAAGAAUAUCAGGCAUGAACAAGGGUAUCAGUGAUGAACCUAUUCACCUCAAAGUCUUCUCACCUAAUGUUGUCAACCUCACACUAGUGGAUCUGCCUGGCAUUACAAAGGUGCCAGUUGGAGACCAGCCCAAAGACAUUGAGAUUCAGAUCCGUGAACUGAUCGUGAAGUACAUUUCCAACCCCAACUCCAUAAUCCUAGCUGUAACUGCUGCCAACACAGACAUGGCGACAUCAGAGGCCCUUAAGGUGGCUCGCGAAGUUGACCCUGAUGGCAGGAGGACGCUAGCAGUAGUCACCAAGCUGGAUCUGAUGGACGCCGGAACAGACGCCAUGGAUAUCCUGAUGGGCCGAGUCAUUCCUGUUAAACUUGGCAUUAUUGGAGUUGUCAACAGGAGCCAGCUGGAUAUCAAUCAGAAGAAAUCAGUUGCAGAUGCUAUCCGUGAUGAAUACGCUUUCCUACAAAAGAAGUACCCCUCACUAGCAAACAGAAGUGGAACUAAAUAUCUAGCCAGGACAUUGAACAGAUUGCUGAUGCACCACAUCAGAGACUGCCUUCCAGAGCUGAAAACCAGGAUCAACGUGUUGGCGGCUCAGUACCAGUCGCUUCUCAACAGCUACGGUGAGCCAGUGGAGAACCAGAGCGCCACCUUGCUGCAACUAAUCACCAAAUUUGCUGCUGAGUAUUGCCACACCAUCGAAGGCACGGCAAAGUACAUAGAGACUGCUGAACUCUGUGGCGGCGCGAGGAUCUGCUAUAUAUUCCACGAAACGUUCGGUCGUACUUUGGAGUCUGUGGAUCCCCUGGGCGGUCUGACCACCAUCGAUGUUCUCACAGCAAUCCGAAAUGCUACAGGGCCUAGACCUGCUUUGUUUGUGCCUGAGGUUUCAUUUGAGUUACUCGUCAAGAGACAAGUAAAGCGCCUGGAGGAACCCAGUCUGCGCUGCGUGGAGCUGGUUCAUGAGGAAAUGCAGAGGAUCAUUCAACACUGCAGCAACUACAGCACACAGGAGCUGCUGAGAUUUCCGAAGCUUCACGAUGCUAUCGUUGAAGUGGUCACAUCCCUGUUGAGAAAGAGACUGCCGGUGACUAAUGAUAUGGUUCACAACCUGGUUGCUAUCGAGCUGGCGUACAUCAACACCAAACACCCAGACUUUGCUGAUGCCUGCGGUCUCAUGAACCAUAACAUUGAAGAGCAAAGACGCAACAGAAUGAGGGAUCUACCCUCUGCUGUCCCUCGGGACAAGAGUCUAGCUUAUAAUGUAUUGCGAGGAUGCACUAGUGGUUCUGAGAUAUUGAUGACAACAUCCCAUUCAAAGAAAACUUCAGCCGGCGCUCAGAGUGCAUCCUCCAGCGAUCAGACCGACAGCAGCGGGACAGGGAACUGGAGAGGGAUGCUGAAAAGAGGGGAGGAUGGCAUGGCAGGUGACAGGACAGUGCCCCAGACCCCCCUCCUCAACAGCCCCCAGAAGGGCCAUGCUGUUAAUUUGCUUGAUGUGCCUGUUCCAGUCUCCAGGAAGCUAUCCGCUCGGGAACAGAGAGACUGCGAAGUCAUUGAGAGACUUAUCAAGUCCUAUUUUCUUAUUGUGCGGAAAAACAUUCAGGAUAGCGUGCCUAAGGCGGUGAUGCACUUCCUGGUGAACCACGUGAAGGACUGCCUGCAGAGUGAGCUGGUAGGCCAAUUGUAUAAGUCGGUGCUGUUGGACGAUCUGCUGACGGAAUCGGAGGACAUGGCGCAGCGACGCAACGAGGCAGCAGACAUGCUCAAGGCGCUGCAGAAAGCUAGCCAGGUGAUCGCAGAGAUCAGAGAAACGCACUUAUGGUGA